AGGAGGAUAAAUGGAGCACUCCCUAGUUUUGACAAGUAAUGGGUCCCGUUCCGCUAUUUCCGUACACGUGUGUUGCUUUAACUGUGUUCCUCGUUGUUCUGGUAUUUCUAUAUCAAGUCGUCAGUGGUCGUUUGAAUGAAGAGACAGGCAGACCAGCUUUCGGCAGGAAGUCAAAGUUUGGCAGGAGCGGAGCGGAGACGGUAGUGCAGGUUUUCGGAGAACGAAUUGGGACGUGACAGGAAGUCGUACUUAGCGAGGAAGAAACAGGUGGCGGGAACAGAGAAAACCGCACGUCAGAGUAGGACAGCUGCGCUAACGUUAACAAUUAUCAAUCGUAAAGGUUGUGUUUGCAGUCAAGUGCCUCUGCGUUGUCUUGAUAUCGACAAAGAUAAGAAGAUAACACGAAUAGCUGGAGCAGGCCAGGCAUGAGUGGAGCACACCUGGACGAAUGGCAGAGGAGGUCCUUUGACAUUUCAUCUGGCAACUGUACACCUGAACAGACGGCAGAUGCCUACCGGGCCCACAUCCUCUCCAUUCAGUAUGCAUGGGCAAGCUCCCAGCUCUCGCAGGCCGGCAUGGCCAGUCUGCUCGGGACCUACUCGGAACGCUACGCCGCGGUGCUGGACUCGGAUGACCCCCGCACCGGGCUCAACAACUAUGCAGAGAGUGCACUGCAUCUGGCCCGCAGUCAGAGGAACUACAGUGACAAAUGGGAGUCCUCCCUGACCAUGGACAAUGUGCUGGAGCUGCCCUGCGUGCAGAGGAUGAUGCAGGCAGAGGCAGGGGGAGGAAAAGGCUCCCUGGUGGCACCAGCAGAUGUUAACAUAUCUGUGGGACUAGAGAGCAGGGGCAACUCCCUGUCAGCUCCCUUUACUGGUGGUAGGUCAGAGGCUGCGUUGCUGAAACCUAUAGGACUAGCACAGUCUAAAAUGGAGGUUAACAACAGUGCCAGUAAUCUUGCUAAUAUUUCUGCAGUGAGACCAAGUGGCUCUGAGGGGAUCUCAGGAAAUCCAAACUUAUUCUCCCGACCUUCAGCCCGACCGCAGUCCGUGUUUAGUUCUUCAGUUCCUCCUCAGGGAAACCCUGGCCCUUCAGGUGGCACACAAAACUACCAGUCCUCCCUCUCCUCCACAUCCAAUCCAUCUAAGCGGAAGAACUUUUACAACUCUGAUGGAGGAGAUGUUGGCAGGGGGUCACAACGAUGUCAAGCAGCCAGUGACCCGAGACCUGGAAGCAACUUCAAAACGGCUCGUGAGCAGUUCGUUGUUGACCAACAUAAAAAGCAUUCCCAUCAGCCUCAGAGAGGCCAGGCCCCUGGGAUGGCAGCAACUGUGAAAAAGUCUCUGGGUGCUAACAGGCCUCGGGGUGCAUUUUCUAAAUUUGUGUCACCUAUUCCACGACAGGAGGAGCAAGAAGGUGGGGCGAGCUGUAGUUCCAAUCAGGAGCCUCAGAUCCUGGAUGAGCGUCUGAAAAACUUUGAGCCAAAGAUAGUCGAGCUGAUCAUGAGUGAGAUCAUGGAUCACGGGCCUCCUGUGGCCUGGGAUGACAUAGCAGGUCUGGAGUUUGCCAAAACCACCAUAAAGGAGAUAGUGGUGUGGCCCAUGCUGCGACCUGACAUCUUUACCGGCCUCCGCGGUCCGCCUAAAGGCAUCCUGUUGUUUGGGCCCCCAGGAACCGGUAAAACUCUGAUAGGGAAAUGUAUCGCAUGUCAAUCAGGCGCCACCUUCUUCAGCAUCAGUGCCUCAUCGCUCACAUCAAAGUGGGUUGGUGAAGGGGAAAAAAUGGUGCGAGCCUUGUUUGCCAUUGCCCGCUGCCACCAGCCCGCUGUCAUUUUCAUCGAUGAAAUUGACUCACUGCUGUCCCAGCGGACAGAUGGGGAGCACGAAUCAUCACGCAGGAUAAAAACAGAGUUCUUGGUUCAGCUGGAUGGAGCAGCCACCGCAGCCGAGGACCGCAUCCUGGUGGUGGGCGCCACCAACCGGCCUCAGGAGAUAGACGAGGCGGCGCGGCGGCGCCUGGCAAAGAGGCUCUACAUCCCCCUGCCCGAAGCAGCAGCCCGACGGCAGAUUAUAACUAACCUCAUGGCUCAAGAGAGGAACCAGCUCAGAGAGCAGGAGCUGGGCAGUGUGGUGACAGCCACCGAGGGCUUCUCCGGCGCCGAUAUGACUCAGCUGUGUCGAGAGGCAGCGCUGGGGCCCAUCCGCAGCAUCCAGCUCAGCGACAUCGCCACUAUCACCGCUGAUCAGGUGCGACCCAUCCUCUCCGGUGACUUCCAGGAGGCCCUGAAGACGGUGCGACCCAGUGUCUCAUCAAAAGACUUAGAGCUGUAUGAAGACUGGAACAAGACUUUUGGAUGUGGUCGUUAAAAAAUGUGGCCCCUCAUGCUGAUUAUCCUCUACCUCUGUUAAAGUUAUGAAUGUUAUUUUGAGCUGAGAUGGGAAAAUUCUAAAGCUGUUGAAUAUGCUGUGCGUAUGACGAACAGAGAAGGUGUGUACAACACAGCAGGAACACCUUACACUAUGGCUUCACAAGGAUAGCUUUCUGAAUCCAGAGAUAUUUUACUUUUUUCUAAAUUGUAUUUCUUCCCAAUAAAAUAAAUGUGCAAAGUACCACAAAUAUC